AUGCUAGGCGGUGUGGUGCUGCCGUGCGGUUUGCCUGCCAGUGCGGCGGCAUUGUGGGUGCGCUUUGCCUCCAUCUUGUUGUGGUUGCAGCUGAAGGGCAGCUGGGAUGCUGGUGGGAGGGGAGCUGAAGGCGAGCAGCGGGCUUUUGUGCGGCGCAUCUUUUCCCACGCGCCCUGCAGCCGCAGCCGUUUGGGCAGCUUCCCUGGAAGGGCACCUUGUGCGGUUGCUGUGUCGUCUUCGGGUGCCGCCUCCGUGGCGACCGGAGCGGCGUGUGUGCGGGCGUUUGAAGUGCCUCGCAGAGUGCCGCAGCCGCGCAUUUUUUUGAGCACAGUCUUGGGGAACGCUUCCACCAAAUGUAGCGAGCUACGACAGGAGCUUGGCAGCAUUGAUGGGUGUGUGCCGGAGGCCGUUGCCUUCGCGUCGACGGCGGACUUGUCUCUGUUCAUCGCGGGUUGUUGCGGACCGACUCGCGCCGCUGGUGCUUCUCCUGGUGACGGCGUCAAUGUUUCGACGCAGCAGGGGUGGACUCUACGUGAGUAG